AGAUGCCUUUCGGAGCACAGGGGCCUCCAGGACAGGGAGCAGCUGACAGUCCUCAGGCAUGGUAUAUGAGCUUGCCGCUCAUCACAAGGUGCUGGUUCACAGCAUGCGUUAGCACCACCAUCCUCUCCGCUGUCGGAAUGAUCAGUCCGAUGACACUGUACCUUGACUGGUCUGCGAUCUUGUUCAAGUUCCAGAUCUGGCGGGUGGUCACGAACUUCUGCUUCCUUGGAAAGUUCGGCUGGCCUUUCAUCAUGAAUCUCAUCUUCAUGGUCCAGUACUCCAAGACGCUCGAGAAAGAUUUCAACGGCAGCGCCUCCGACUUUCUUUGGUGCCUGAUAAUGGGAGGGGCGUUGCUGUGCGGGAUCAACCACGUGACAGGAAUGAUGCUUCCUUUCCUUACGAUCCCUCUCAUCUUCAUGACCAUCUGGAUCUGGAGCCGAAAGCAUCCUAACGUUCAGAUGAGCGUCUUUGGCCUGUUCAACAUCACCUCAGCUCACUUUCCCAUCUUCCUCCUCGUCCUCACUAUGCUCAUGGGAGGCUCGCCAGUCCAGAAUAUCAUGGGAUACUUUGUCGGGCAUGUCUACUGGUUCCUCAAGGAGGUCCAUCCUACCACUAAGGAUCAUCGUUUCUUCUCUGCUCCCUCGUUCCUCAAGCGGCUGGUGGAGGAUCAGCCGCUGGAACACACGCCCGGGUACGGAGGAGCAGUGAGGAGAGGAGGAGCGCCGCCAUGGGGAGGACGAGGAGCAGCGGGGCAGCAGCAGCAGCAGCAGCAGCAGGAGCCACCUGCCCGUGCCGGAGGCUUUUCAGCCUUUCGAGGACAAGGACACAGACUAGGAGGAGAUUGA